AUGGAAUCCGAAAUCAAAGAGUCUUUAACAAAAUUGCGGCGAAUUGGACAUGAACUGGGAGUCAACGAAGACCCUGAUCCACACCCAGUCGAAGAAAACGCGUUUGACUACACAGAGAGGAUUCUCUUCUCCAUGGUUCAAGACAUCAAACUCUUGAUCGAGCGAAGGGAUAAAGAAUCCCUCGUGUGCACGAACAGAAAGGUUGUUAUUGAGUUAAACUCCAAAAUUUACAACAUGCUGAAGGAGGCAACAAACAUGGUGGGUGAUCUCGAAACCCAGAUCCAGAAAGAUAAAAAAAGCACCGAGAAAGAGAGGAUUCAAAGAGAUGAAGUGCUGACCAUACUAUUCGCUCAAAUCAGAAGACUUGAAGCGAAGGCAUCUGAAAAUCAUGCGGCUGAAAUAGGGUUUACCGAAACCCCAAACGUGGAUGCUCCGGUUCUCACAAUUCUCCCUGGAACGCCUCCCCCAUAUGAGUCAACUAAGAUGGACGUGGAAGAUCGAAUCCAGGAAGUGGAGGCGGAUUUAACAGCAUCCCAAAAGGCAGCACUGCAGAUGUAUGAAAAGAACAAGGUGAAAAUUGAUCAAGUGCUGGAUGAGAUCAGUGAAGGACUUGUUGAGCUGAAAGACCACGCCAUCAAUAUUGGAAAUGAAAUUGAUAGACAAAACAAAUUUCUGGGAGAGUUGGAAACAGCUGUUGAGCAUACAACGGAUACCAUACAGCGAGAUCGGUUGCAGUUGCGUAAGAAGCGAAAGGGUGCCAAGAUUGCGCAUUGUGGAAUGUAUAUGGUGUGUACCAUUCUCAUCCUCGUUGUGAUUCUAAUUAUCUUGAAUAUUCUUCGUGGAGCUUUUUCUUUAACUGUUUACUAUAGUCAAAAGAUAAGAAUUCUAGUUAUUUUAUUAGAUCUUUUGGAAAUAGAGAUUUCCUUAAAUGGAUUUCGGUUGGCAUAA